CUAAGUGCUCUAAGUGGCUGUGUGGCUGUUGUGAAUAUGUUCCUUGCUGUUGUGUGUCCAAAAGUGCCAAUGUCAUUGUCAAUGUCAAAUCUCAAGGGAAAGGGAUUCAUCAUUCAAUUCAAUUCAAAAUAAACAUUGACCAUAUUAUAUUUGUAUUAUAUUCCACUUAUGAUCCGACCGGCUUUCUCAACUAUGUCUAUUCACUUUAAAUGCCGUUCCCGCCUUUAUCCGCGGUCAAACGUUGAAAGAUUUCCCGUACCCGAUGAAAAAGUACCAUGGUUUGUAGAAUAUAAAGAUUACAAACCGUCCACCUAUAAUUCGCCAUCCAUUGAAGGCAAACCCUGGGCAGAUAAUGAGAUUGGGAAUCCUGCCUUUAAACCCAAAUGGAAUGAUGUAGAUGGAAAUGUUAAUAGAAAAAGCUAUGUAGGUUUAUAUGAAAUCAAAGAUGGUUACCCGCUCAAUCCAGUUGGGCGGACAGGUAUAGUGGGAAGAGGGGUACUCGGCCGGUGGGGACCAAACCAUGCUGCUGACCCUGUUGUCACUCGCUGGAAGCAAUUAAAUAACAAGGAGCCUGUUCUACAAUUUAUAGCAAUAAAAAGAAGAGAUACAGGAGAGUGGGCACUUCCUGGUGGAAUGGUGGAUCCUGGUGAGAAGGUUGCGGCUACAGCCAUCAGAGAGUUCCAGGAGGAAGCCAUGAAUUCAAUUGAGGCAACUGAAGAUGAAAAAGCUGAAUGGAAGGCAAAGUUUCAUCGGUUUUUCAGUGCUGGCGUUGAGAUUUACAGUGGAUAUGUAGACGACCCGCGCAACACUGACAAUGCUUGGAUGGAAACAGUUGCAUACAACUUCCACGAUGAAUCUGGCACUAUAGUAGCUGCUUUGGAACUGAAGGCUGGUGACGAUGCAGUCGGUGUGCGUUGGGUGGACAUCACUAAUGAUUUAAACUUAUAUGCAAGCCACAAAGAUAUAGUUAGUGCAGUACUAAAAAGACAUACUGAUAAGUAAACUCUCGCAGCGCUU